UUCGGGCCACCGCGAUGAACGGGCGGCCAGCCAGCGCGCGAACGGUUUCCCGCACCCGACGCGCUCUCCGCAGAUUAAAAGGCGGCGGCGGCCUACCUGUGGCGUCUCUUGGCCCUAGUCCUCGCAGAAACCGUCGUGUCGCCGAAACCAGCUCGCCGGUUUCGCCUCCCCACCGUUCCUUGUCUCGCGCCCCUCUCGGCUCCAGCCUCCAGGUCUGCUUGUUGCUAUCUUUCAAUAUGCCGGCGUCGGAGAUGGAAGCGCCUGCGUCCGCGCACGCCUCGGCGGCGGCCGCUGAUGACAGCCAGGAGGACUCUGCGCCCACGGCCGCGGUGGCGGCGGCCGCUGAUGAGGCGCAGCCGGCCGCAGCUGCAGUACCCGCGCUGUACGUGGGCGAUCUGCACGAGGACGUGGCGGAAGAACACCUCUUCGAAGCUUUCAGCAAGAUCGGCACUGUCACGUCCGUGCGUGUUUGCCGUGACAACGCCACAAGCAGAUCUCUCCGAUAUGGAUACGUGAAUUAUUUCUCUCGCGCCGACGCUGUGGUGGCUCUUGAUAAGUUGAAUCAUAGCUUGGUUUUGGAUAAGCCCAUAAGGGUAAUGUGGUCCAAUCGGGAUCCAGAUGCCCGGAGAAGUGGCGUUGGUAACAUUUUUGUUAAGAACCUUAGUAGUUCUGUUGACAAUGCCAGCCUUCAAGAAUUGUUCUCCAAGUUUGGAGACGUUUUGUCAUGCAAAGUUGCAAAAAAUGAGGAUGGGACCAGUAGAGGAUAUGGGUUUGUUCAAUUUACAUCACAGGAGUCAGCAGAUGAAGCAAUUGGGAACCUCAAUGGCUCCCUUUUCAAUGACAGAAAAUUGCAUGUAGCUACGUUCAUUAAGAAAAGUGAACGAUCUGCAAAUAAUGAUGAUAAGUUUACUAACUUAUAUAUGAAGCAUCUAGAUGAUGACAUAACAGAGGAACUUGUUAAAUUGAAGUUCUCUCAGUUUGGUUCGAUAGUCAGCGUGAAGAUUAUGAAGAGACCCGAUGGGUCAUCUUUGGGGUUUGGGUUUGUCAGUUUCCAAAACCCUGAGAGUGCUAUUAAAGCACAGAGCACCAUGAAUGGGAUGCUACUUGGAUCAAAAGCCUUAUACGUGGCGAGGGCUCAAAAGAAGGAGGAAAGGAAACAAUAUUUGCAACGCUUACAUGAGGAAAAGAGAAACGAAAUAAUGACUAGGUGCAAUGAAUCAAAUGUAUAUAUAAAAAACAUUCAUGACGAGGUUGAUGAUGAUGCUCUUCGUGCUCGCUUUGUUGAAUUUGGUAAUAUCACAUCAGCAAAAGUCAUGCGUGAUGACAAGGGAAUCAGUAGAGGCUUUGGAUUUGUAUGCUAUAGUACCCCUGAGGAGGCAAAGAGCGCUGUAAACAACAUGCGAGGUGUUAUGUUUUUUGGGAAACCAUUGUAUGUUGCUAUUUUCCAAAGAAAAGAGGAGAGAAAAGCCAAGUUGCAGCAACAUUUCGCUCAGCUUGCAAGAAUGGUUGGACCUGCGAACUCUAUGAUCCCCACUGGAUAUCCACAAGUUUAUUUUGCCCAUCCAAGUACCCAUAUCCCUCAAGGUCCUCCAAGACAUGGUUUUGUGUAUCCACCCAUGGGCCUUAGUCAUGAAUGGAGACCAAGUAUGUUCCCCCCAGCACCAAAUCUCCAGCAAAUACAUUCACCCGUGAUGCCAAAUUCGCCAAGGCAUUACAGAAGCAACCGAGGAAGGAUGGGUGGGAAUAUGAUGCCUCUUCCUCAUGCAGUUCAUACAAUGAACUAUAUGACACAUCCACAGCCAGCUAAAGAAUUCAUGUCUUUGCCUCGACAGCGAUUCAAUCAUCCGAAGUACUUCUCAAAUGAUGUUAUGGCCAACAGCUUGGCCAUCCAUCAAAGUGACCCGGUUUCAACAAUGAAUGAUUCUUUUAGCAACUAUUUGGCCUCCGCUCCACCCGCGGAACAAAAGAACUUGCUUGGGAACAGGCUCUAUCCUCUUGUUGAGAGGCAUCAGCCCGAACUCGCGAGCAAAAUCACUGGGAUGCUCUUGGAGCUUGACAACUCUGAAGUGGUCACGUUGCUUUGCUCGUCGGAGAUGUUGUCGGUUAAGGUCGACGAGUGUGUCCAGCUGUUGCAAGCAACCAAGCCUAAGGCUGAGGAUCAUGAGGCACUGCACCCAGGAUUCAUGCUCGAGCCUCGGCCUCCUAGUGUAAAUGCCAGUUGAUGAGGUUCUGAUUGCGCGGAUGAGCUUCUGGAUGCGCUUGUGUUUAGGGAUAUGGUAACAAGCUAGUCGCUAGCUGCUGCGUUCGUUCUCUCCUAGUUUGCGAAGUUUUGGUGUUUGGAUUAAUCUACUGAGCCGUUAUUGCUUUCUAUAUAUAGAACUUAAUAGUAAUAAGGACUAUAUAUAUUCAGCUAGAAACUUUUUAUCUGGACAUGUUAUAUGAAUGUAUGUUAGAACCUUUAUUCCUAUCCAACAUUAGGAAUAGUUGUCCAUGCGUCUCCUAUACCUUUCAUAUGAUAUUUUCAUUUGGACAUGUUAUUUGAAUCUCAGUAUUAGUAAUAUCUGUACAUGCCAUUAA